CGAACAAAGAUGUUGUUGAAAAGACUUCUUAAGAAGCAGGCAAAUCGUCCGUUCAUGGCGUAUACUCUUGUCAAAAAAUUUCAUGGCGUAGUGUAAAGAGAGACUCUUUUUGUGAUAACGAGCAAUUUGGAUUGCAUAAUCAAUGGUUUUUUUCCUCCAUAGAAAUCAUUCCAAAUCUCUCUCAAUCUCAACCCUUCUAAAGAGUGGUUUCACUCCAACUCUCAAUGACUUCAACGAUUUCCUUAUCUUCCUCACUCGAAAUCAAAGAUUUAAUGCCAUUAUUCACUUCUUUUCUCAGCUUACCUUUAAUAAAAUCAAAGGUGACUCCCAAACCCACACAAUCUUCACCAAGGCUUUAAUAAAAGAGCACAAAUAUGAAGCUGCUGCAGAUUUCUUGAGAACCCACUUGCGGAAGUCAAAGAUUUUUGAUAAAGAUCGAAUCUUUGAUUCUAUAGUCCAAGGCGUUUGCAUAUUUAGUAAAGAACCUGAAAAGGGUCUAUCUCUAUUGACGAAAUUUUUGAAAAUGGAUGGGGGUAUUUUUCCUUCUUCUUAUACUUUUUGUUCAUUAAUUUAUUCGUUUAGCUCUAUAGGGAAAUUAGAUAGAGUGGUAGAGGUGUUAGAGUUGAUGUCUGAUGAGAAACUCAAUUACCCUUUUAAUAAUUUUGUUUCUAGUUCCGUGAUUUCUGGAUUUGUGAGGAUUGGGAAGCCUGAACUUGCAGUUGGGUUUUUUGAGAAUGCUGUAAAGUCAGGUUCUCUGAAGCCUAAUGUUGUUACUUGUACAGCUCUUAUGAGUGCUUAUUGUAAACUAAGGAGAAUUGAUGAUGUUUUAAAUUUAGUUACUUGGAUGGAAAAUAACGGGUUGGCAUUUGAUGUUGAAUUUUAUAGCAAUUGGAUAUACGGGUAUUUGAGGGAAGGAAUAGUCUGUGAGGCAUUUCAAAAAUAUAGAGAAAUGGUAGAUAGGAAUUUGGAGUUGGAUGCUAUUGGUUAUACUAUACUUAUAGAUGGGUUUGCGAAGGAUGGAAACGUGGAAAAGGCUGUUGGAUUUUUGUACAAGAUGAGGAAGGAUGGAGUGGAACCGAAUUUAGUUACUUACACUGCGAUUAUUAUGGGAUUCUGCAAGAAGGGGAAAUUACAGGAGGCAUUUGCAAUGUUUAGAAUGAUUGUAGAUUUUGGAAUUGAGGUUGAUGAAUUUACUUAUGCAAUUUUGAUAGAUGGAGUUUGCAGGAGGGGUGAUUUUGAAGGUGUUUUACAGCUGCUCGAUGAAAUGGUGGAGAAAGGUAUAAAUCCAAGUGUUAUUACAUACAAUACCGUCAUUAACGGAUUGUGCAAAGCUGGAAGAAUGUCUGAAGCAGAUGAUUUCUCUAAGGGCAUAGUUGGAGAUGUCAUCACGUACACUACAUUGUUACAUGGAUAUGUUGAAGAAAGGAGUGUGUCAGGGAUUUUAGAAACAAAGAGGAGACUGGAAAUGGCUGAUAUUCAAAUGGAUGCAGUCAUGUGUAACAUACUAAUUAAAGCACUAGUUAACGUGGGCUUAUUUGAGGAUGCUUUUGCUGUUUAUAAUGCACUACCAAAAAUGAACUUGUCUGCAGAUUCCGUUACUUAUUGUACUCUGAUUGAAGGAUACUGUAAAGCAGGUAGAAUUGAUGAGGCUCUUGAAAUGUUCAAUGAUUUCAGGAAAUCAUCUAAUUUUUCAGCUGCUAGUUACUAUAGUAUUAUUUUUGGGCUUUGCAGAAAGGGCAUGGCAGAUAUAGCAAUUGACAUUUACAUGGAAUACAUUGAGAGAGGUUUACCUCUGAAUAAAUCAAUGUAUCAGAUGUUGAUGAGAGCAACAUUUAAAGAAAAAGGUGCGGAUGGCCUUUUAAAUGUGAUUCACGGAAUGGAAAAUGUUGCAGUUGAAAUAUUUGAUAUUAUAUGUAAUGAUGCAAUUUGUCUUCUAUGCAAAAAGGGUUUUCCUGAGGCUGCGUGCAGUGCAUUACUGUUGAUGAGAAGGAAAGAAUCAAUGAUAACAAGCAAGUGUUACUAUUCAAUCUUGAGACUUCUUCUUUUUUAUGGCAAAAAAUCAUUGGCUCAGCCUAUCUUGACUGACUUUGUUAAAGUUCAUGGCAUGUCUGAUCUUAGAGUGAGCAGGAUAAUAUUAUAUUACCUGUGUUUCAGUGACGUAAAAAAUGCACUUAAAUUUCUUGCAAAGACGAAAGAGAUGUCAUGGUCUAUCACUAUUCCUUUUGCUGUUCUCGAGACACUUGCAAAAGAUGGUAGGGUUUUGGAUGCAUAUGAGCUUCUUGUGGGUGCAGAAAAUAAUGCCCCUGUUAUGAAUGUAGUUGACUACUCAGUUAUAAUUGAUGCGCUUUGCAAGGAAGGGCACAUAGAUAAGGCUUUAGAUCUUUGCUCUUUUGCUAAGAAUAAAAGGAUAGCUCUCAACAUCGUCACUUAUAAUUCAGUCAUAAAGGGGUUGUGCCGCCAAGGGUGUCUGGUUGAAGCUUUUAGAUUGUUUGAUGCAUUGGAGAAAAUUGAUGUGGUUCCUUCUGAAAUUACAUAUGGUACACUGAUUGAUGCUUUAACGAAAGAAAGAAUGAUACAGGAUGCCAGGAUGCUGUUUGAAAAGAUGUUCCUCAAGAACCUUAGGCCCAAUGCUCAUAUUUACAAUUCGUUAAUUAAUGGGUAUUGCAAGUCAAAUCUACUUGAGGAAGCUCUAAAACUUCUCGAGGAUUUACGGGUUAGACACCUUAAGCCAGAUGGAUUCACUGUUGGUGCUCUGAUCAAUGGUUAUUGCCUGAAGAGCGACAUGGAAGGAGCUCUAAAAUUCUUUCUUGAGUUUAAAAACAAGGGCUUAUUACCAGAUUUCCUGGGUUUUAUGUUUCUGAUUCGGGGCCUGUGUGCCAAAGGAAGGAUGGAAGAGUCUCGGAGCAUUUUAAGGGAGAUGCUUCAGGCUGAAUCUGUCAUUGAUCUCCUCAGAAGAGUUGAUAGUGAAGUUGAAUCAGAGUCGGUAGAAAGAGUUCUCACCUUUCUGUGUGAGCAAGGAAGUAUUGUAGAGGCUGUUGCUGUGCUUGAUGAAGUUGGAUCCAUGUUUUUCUCUUCUGGGAGGAGUUCCCGUGCUUGCAAUGGAUUGAAUCCACAUGAUAUGAAAUCAAAUACUGAAUUUGAGCCGUCAAUCUGCCAUGCAAUCAAUUUGCAUGCUCAGUCAUGUGGCAUUGAAAACUUAGAAAAUAUGCCUGAGUUUCAUGAUGAUCUAGAAAGCAAAACAUAUAAUUGGCAAGGAUUUGAUUCUUAUUAUGCUCUUGUUUAUUCACUGUGUUCUAAAGGGGAGCUCUCGAAGGCAAAUAGACUGGCAAAAAAGCUCGUGGAUUUCGGGUAGAGGUUUGUAGCAAAAUCUCCUAAUACUUGCUUUGAGGGCCUAGGGAGAUCUCCUUCUCUCUUCAUUGCAGGGAAGUAGCCAUACACACGCAUCUGUAGGCCAGGUUAGCGGUUGGCUUUGAGACUUAUUGUCAGAUGGCUGGUCAAAGAACUGCAGUAGCAAUCCGUCGCCUGUAAGAACUUCAGUAGCAAUCCGUCGUCUGUAAAAACUUCUUUCUCCAUCUGACAGAUGCAAAUAUUGAUUGUAUACGAAUCAUAUGAUUUAGGUUGAAUUGGUUUUGCACUUGCAACAAUAGGACGUAUGUGAGAAACUGGCGGAUGACCUGAUCAUGCAAUCAGCCUUGUAUUUUCUGUUUCUUACAUUUGAAUGAAUAUUUAGCUAAUCUGACAUUUUUCCCCAUUUUCCACAUGCAGGUUCAUCAUGCUACGAUCAUAGCCAUAUGGUUUGUAGAUUCCAUCAGAAUAAAUAUGUUUUGAGAUUUAUAAGGCAAUCAAUGAAGAAGUGACAUUAGCUUAUUCAGACAAGACUGCGAAGAUAAUUACGCAACAGACUUGGAUUCUUCUUGAAUUUUGGGACUUUUUCGAGGGCUUCAACGUACGCAGGUGAUAAUCUCCCAGUUAUUUUGGAGAUAUGGGCAAUUGCACGCAAACGGUCUCUACACCGAAGAAUCUUCAUCUUUGGUUGAGGCUCUGGCGGCGGAUCGAAGAUGAGCAUUACACAAGAUGCGAUGAGAGGUCGUGUUCUUUCAUCUGGACCAGCAGUUGGGAUGGCUGGGGAAGAAGCUGGUGGUAUGGCUGGGGAAGAAGCUAGCGGGAUGGCUGAGGAAGAAGACAGGAGCAUUGCAGCUGUAAUGAAAGUGAGAAUGUCCAUCAAUUUUGUUUUCUUGGUGUAUGCUGCCUUUCAUGGCUCAUCUUCUUGCCUUAUAAACUUCAGUUUUGCAUUAAAAUUGCAGUUAUGCGUAUUUAUUGCGACUUAAAAGAUGUAACGCCACUCUUUAUUAAUAUUUAAUACUAUUUAGUUCCAUUCAAUAAUUCUCUGCACCAAACAUGCUAGAAUUGGAGUCAAAUUAAGACUUCCAAAAUGUCAUAAACAUGUAAAACAUUUUUUACAAAUACUAUAAUUCGACCGUCAGGAAUUCUACUCCAAAGAAAA